GAAACGAUGGCCAAUGGGUGGUUGCACAGAAGCCAUGGCGUGCUGGGGAACGGAUCUGAUAACUUUGUUCGGACGCCAGAAAGCGGAUCAGAUAAUUUUUGUCUGCAGACCCCUGUCAGACCUCCACCCUUGGCCAACCGACCUCGGAGGGAGGGGACACAGAACAGAAGACUUGAGAAAUUCCGAGGACGUUGUGUGACUUUGAUGGCAUCAUUCUGCAGGCCAUGGCAACUGGCAAGUCUCUCCUCGUUGUAAAGAACCAUGUCACAAGAAUAAAAGAGUGAGGCACGAACUCAGCUGUAGAAAGGUCUUCUCUUCCGAGACAGAGACGAAAAAAACGUGAAAACCCACGACACAAAGACUUGGCAUGAUUAAUCUUAUCAGAUCGUUUUGAUGCCGGCUGUUCUGAGGCAUUUUACAGGGGUUGCAGUGGACAGUGCGGGUCUGAAAAUCAUACCAUUGCCCCCUGCUCAGUUGCAGCCUUCGACUUUAUCAGAUGGAGCUAGCACCAAACUGUCCAUCUCGUCCUUUCCGCUCUUCACGGCAAACCUCUGCGGGCCAAGUUUCUCGGAGCAAGAGAGAAAAAUCUGCCAUGCACCCCACCUUCUCUGUGUUCCAGCCGAGGAUCUUCACUUCUUCUCCUACCGACUGACCGCAUCCGAUGGAGAAACGAAGCACUGGAGAUGCUGUUCACGCAGUCCAGGUCUGACUCGACAGGCCCAAGGUCAGGAGACAGCAGCAUCACAACAGGAUCGGUGGAAGGGGAGCUUGUGUGAAUCACAUCUUAUCAAUCUAAUCAGUGGCUGGCUGGACAUGCCGACAUGAGGACGCGUCACAUUCACGAUUGGCCACCGGUUGCCAGGAAGCCUGGCCAUGCGGCACAAAUUUGGUCUCCAGCAAAAGGGGGUCCCCCCCUCCUUCUGCUUCAUGGGUGUGUAGGGCCGCAUGCCAUUCCGUCAUAACCCUCCCGUUGCCGGCCCCGGCAUGGCGGUUCUCGACUCUUCUGGGAUGUCUUGUAAUUUGUUGAAGAAGUUGUGAAGCCGUUCUGUCGUUCUGGUAGUACCAGUCUUGCUCUUGUCGACCGGGGCUUUUACAUACGUUAAUAUCGAGCCGAGAAUAAACCCCGAGCUUCUCGCCAUCGCCCUUCCUCCAGACAGCCGGGAAUCACACAGUUCACGCCAGAUUGUUAUCAAAAUGUCUGCCGUACACAAUCCCGUCGAAGAGGCCGUUGUCCUCCCACAACCUCAGAGGCUGUCCCUUCUCAAGGGCCCAACAGAUCCUCCUCUUGUCGACCUCACCCUCGGAGAACUCCUCAACCUUCAGUGCCUGCACCACGGAAACAGAGAGGGAAUUCUGAUUCCAUGGACAGGAGCGAGAUGGACCUACAAUGAGCUCAAUCACUACAGUCGGCUGCUGGCCGCCGCCCUUCUAGUGAUGGGCAUCGGUGUUGGUGACAGAGUCGGCAUCAUGGCUGGCAACUGCGAACAAUAUGCUGCUGUUUUCUUCGCCGCCACCAGGAUAGGAGCCAUUCUCGUCAUCAUGAACAACACUUAUACCCCUACUGAGGCCUUGUACGGUCUCGACUUCUCGGAAUGCAAGGUUUUCUUCACCACCAAGAAGAUUGGCCGUCUCGAUCAAGGCCCACUACUCACACAACUUGCUGCCAGAGCGACUGGCCCCAAGGUUGUGAUCCUUCGCGGUGAUUCCGAGGGUUACCCAACCUACAAGGAGCUUCUCACCCAAGGAGCCAGGGUAGAUCCCGAGCGCCUUCAUCAUGCUGAGAGCAAGGUGCUUCCUCACCUUGUUUGCAACCUCCAGUUCACCAGCGGCACAACCGGUCUUCCCAAAGCUGCAAUGCUCACUCAUCACAACAUUGUCAACAACUCCAGGUUCAUCGGAGACCGCAUGAGACUCACACACAACGACGUUCUCUGCUGCCCGCCUCCUCUGUUCCACUGCUUCGGUCUGGUGCUUGGCCUCAUGGCCGUCAUCACUCACGGUGGAAAGAUCAUCUACCCUGCCGAGGUGUUCGACGCACCUGCUACCCUCCGGACCAUCAUUGAGGAACAGUGCACCGCUGUUCAUGGCGUCCCAGCCAUGUUCGACAGUCUUUUGACUCUUCCCGAAGCCAAGAACCUCAAGGCGGCCGACCUCCGACUCCGCACCGGCAUCGUGGCCGGCGCCCCCGUCCCUCGCUACCUAAUGGAGCUCAUGGUCUCCAAGCUCGGCAUGAAGGAGUUCACAUCCAGCUACGGUCUCACCGAGGCCUCUCCCACUUGCUUCAACGCUUUCACCGACGACCCCAUCGACACCCGUCUCACCACCGUUGGCACUCUGAUGCCUCACGCCCGAGCCAAAAUUGUGGACCGCGACGGUGUGAUUGUGCCCAUCGGCACCCGGGGUGAGCUCUGCAUCGGCGGGUACCAGCUCCAGGCCGGCUACUGGAACAACUCGGAAAAGACCAACGACUGCAUGAUGAAGGACGAGGCCGGCGUCUUGUGGCUGCACACCGGUGACGAGGCCGUCUUUGACGAGCGUGGAUACUGCACCAUUACCGGUCGGUUCAAGGACAUCAUCAUUCGAGGAGGGGAGAACAUCUACCCGCUCGAGAUUGAGGAACGGCUGGUCGUCCACCCGUCCAUCUCCAUGGCUGUGGUUGUCGGGCUGAAGGAUGCACACUAUGGCGAGGUUGUCGGUGCGUUUCUUCAGCUUGACCCUGCUCACACUGCUAGCACGAAGCCCACUGUUGAGGAGGUGCGUGAGUGGUGUAGGCGAAAGCUGGGGAAGCACAAGGCGCCCACUCAUGUGUUUUGGCUGGGCCAUGAUGGGGUUCCUGCUGCGGUGCCAUUGACGGGGAGUGGAAAGGUGAGAAAGUUUGAGAUGGCUCAGUGGGGGAAUAAGUUACUUGAGGGUGCCAAGGCGAAGCUUUGAGGGGUUGGUGUGAGGAAGGUCUAGCUGGGGAGCCGUGAUAGUGGUUGGACAGAAGUUGGCCGGGAAAAGGAAAGACGGAGUUUGCAUAAUUUGGGUGGGAUUGGGCGGGGAAAUUUGCAUUUUCUUUU